CCCACUCCUCGUCCGACUUCACAAUGCCCCUCCUCCUCCACUUUAUAAGCCCCCCUCUCCUCCUCCUGCUUUCCCACACCACCGCUACUCCUCCAUCCUUUCUCGAGGAGUAGUACUAUACUCGAUCUCCGGCCUCCAUGGCUGACCCGCCAGCGGCGCACGGCGACAGCAGCUGCAGCAGCGGCGGAGGCUGCGGUGGAGGCGGAGGCGGAGGCGGCAGCCGCAAGAGGCCCGCGGAAGUAGGGAAGUACGCGAGGUACACGCCGGAGCAGAUCGCGGUGCUUGAGAAGCUUUAUGCGGAGUGUCCGAAGCCGAGCAACGCUCGCCGGCUGGCGCUCAUUCAGGACUACCCUAUAUUUUCCAACGUCGACUCUAGGCAGAUCAAAGUGUGGUUUCAGAACCACAGGUGCCGAGAGAAACAGAAGAAUGAGACUACGCAACUUCAAACAGUGAAUAAGAGGUUGACGGCAAAUAACAAGUUGUUGAUGGAGGAGAAUGAUCGUCUUCAGUCUCAAGUAUCACAGCUGGUAUAUGAGAAUGUGUGCAUGCGGCAGCAACUGCACCAUGAACCUGUAGCAGCCGCUCUCGCAAGCUGCGAGUCUCGAAUUGCCACUCCACGACAUUCAUUAGUGUCUGCUAAUAAUUCCACAGGACUCCUAUCCAUAGCGGAGGAGGCAAAAGGAAGGUUCUUGACCAAAGCUACAGGAACUGCUGUUGACUGGAUCCAGAUUCCCGGGAUGAAGCCUGGUCCAGUUUCGGUCGGGAUUCUUGGCAUCUCAGGGGGCUGCAGUGGAGUGGGAGCGCGUGCCAGUUGUUUAGUAUCUUUAGAACCUAAACAAAUAGCGGAUAUUCUCAAAGACCGCCCGUCUUGGCUUCGAGACUGUAGGAAACAGGAAGUUUUUGCAAGUUUUCCGGCUGGAAACCGGGGCACAAUUGAAUUGAUAUACAUACAAAUUUGUGCUCCAUCUACACUUGCGCCUGCUCGUGACUUCUGGACCCUCAGAUAUUCUACGAGUUUAGAAGAUGGUGGUGUUGUGGUAUGUGAAAGAUCGACGUCCGGUUCUGGUGUUGGUCCAAACCCACCGGCUACUUUAGAAUUUGUUAGAGCCAGGAUGCUGCCCAGUGGGUAUUUGAUUCGGCCAUGUGAGGGAGGAGGGUCAAUUGUCCGCAUAGUCGAUCACCUGGAUCUUGAGGCAAGGAGCGUGCCUGAAGUGCUGCAGCCACUGUACGAGUCAUCCCAACAUGUGGCUGAGAAAAUGACAGUUCCAGCACUGCACCAUCUUAGGGAAAUGGCGGAAGGACUCAGCAGUGAGGUAACGCAUGCUAUGGCCAAGCAGGCUGCUGUUCUUCGAUCUUUUAGACAACAAUUGAGUCGGGACUUCAAUGACGCUAUAAAUGGAUUCCACGAUGAUGGCUGGUCGCUGCUCACUAGUGAUGCAACUGAAAAUGUUAUGAUAUCUAUCAACUCAACCAAGGAGUUGAGCUCUCUUGGAAGCUCAAUUGAUGCUUCUUCAUUGCCCAUAAGAGUUCUGUGCGUGAAAACCUCCAUUCUACUUCAUAACAUUGAACCCCCGUUGCUAAUUCGAUUCAUGAGGGAGCGUCGCUCUGACUGGGCUGAUUGCAGUGUUGAUGCGUAUUCUGCCGCGUCACUGAAAACAGGCUCAUUUGCAUUGUUGGGAUUGAGCCCUACACAGUUUUAUGGCAACCAAACCAUCAUGCCACUUGGUCAGACAUAUCAAAAUGAGAUGCUGGAAAUCGUUCAACUCGAACAUCGUGGUGUUAGCCAGGAAGAGGGUGUUCUAUUCAGGAAUAUUCGUCUUUUGCAGAUUUGUAGUGGAGUAGACGAUAGUGUUGUUGAAACCUGCUCAGAGCUAGUUUUUGCCCCGGUCAAUGACAUGUUUCCAGAUGAGGCUCCAUUGAUAUCCUCAGGUUUUCGGAUCUUGCGGUUGGAUUUGAGAACAAGCGAUAGGCAGGACAUGCUUGCACAACAAAGGUUGGAUCCAGCAUCCAGCCUUGAAGAGCAAGCUACUUCAGGACAAACGGCUGGAAGCACAACUUCAUCGGAUACUUCACGCUCACUGUUGACUAUUGCCUUCCAAUUCCCUUUUGAGAGCCAUGCUCAGGAGAAUGUUUUGACCAUGGCUCAACAGUACAUCCGCAAUGUAGUCUCCUCAGUGCACAGGAUAGCCACGGCAAUAGUACCUCCUGGAUUGAGCCCGCAUGCAGCACCAAAGCUAACUCCAUGCUCUCCAGAAACCCUUACCCUUGCAUAUUGGAUCUGCCACAGCUACAGGGUUCACCUAGGAGCUGAAUUGCUUAGUCCCAAUUGCCUGGCUGGUGGUGACCCGAUACUGAAACUGCUCUGGCAUCAUCCCAAUGCGGUUGUGUGUUGCUCAUUGAAGCUGCUUCCUGGUUUCGUAUUUGCCAACCAGGCAGGGCUGAACAUGCUGGAGACCUCACUAUUGACUCUGAAGGGUAUCACACUGCAUAAGAUAUUUGACGACUCUGGAUGGAAGGCAGUCUGUGCUGUAAUUCCAAAAAUAAUGGAGCAGGGCUUUGCGUUUUUACCUGGUGGGAUCAUUGUGUCAACCAUGGGUCACCACGUUGCAUAUGAACAAGUAGUUGCGUGGCAAGUCCUCCGCCAGGAUGGUGCUCUUCACUGCCUCGCCUUUGCUUUCAUCAACUGGUCUUUUCUGUAAGUUAAAUUAUAUUAGAGCAGAGAGACGUAGAGACGGAGAAAGGCUUUGGAUUUCAGUUCCAACUGUUCAAUUCUUGAAGCAAUAUUCCAACACCCCCCCUCAAGAUGAGCAUGUAUGUUGUGAAUGUUUAUCUUGCGAAGAUUAUGAUGAAAAGGAAGUGAGCUGAGAGGCUUUGUAAAAAUAUCUGCGAGCUGUAAUCUUGAUGGAACAUGAAAUAGCUUUAUGAUAUUUUGUUGGAGUUUUUCACGAAUGAGAUGGCAAUCAAUCUCUAUAUGCUUGGUUCUCUCAUGUUGAACAGGAUUAGUAGUGAUGGACAAAGCUGAUUUACUAUCAGUAUAAACCAAGGCUGGCUGCUGAUGAAUAAUAUGUAAAUCAUGUAGUGCAUACAAAAUCCAUUGAAGUUCACAAGCUAUUGAAGCAAGAGCCCUGUAUUCUGCUUCAGCUGAGGACCUGCUGAUAGUAGCCUGCUUUUUACUCUUCCAAGAAAUUAGGGAAUCACCCAAGAAAAUAGCAAAACCAGUGACACUCCUUCGAGUAUCGAUACAUCCUGCCCAAUCACUGUCAGAGAAAGCCUUGAGCUGUAGUGUUGAAGAAGCUGGGGAGAAUAACCCUUGACCAGGAGUUGCCUUUAAAUACUUGAGAACUCGUAUGGCAGCAAUAAAAUGACUAACAGCUGGUUUAUCUAAAAACUGACUUAGAACCUGAACUGAAAAAGCAAGAUCAGGUCGAGUUAAGGUUAAAUAUAACAGUUUCCCAAUUAAUCUUCUAUAGGCUGAAGGAUCCUCAUGGAAAUCAUCAUCUGCAGCAGUAAGUUUUAAAUUGGAAUCCAUGGGAAAAGCCACUGGUUUAGCACCAAGAACUCUAGCUUGUUCAAGUGUAUCCAGAAUAAAUUUCCUUUGACAAACAGAUAUACCAGUUCUACUUCUUGCUAUUUCCAAACCCAGAAAGUAUUUGAGUUCCCCCAUGUCUUUAAUUGUAAACUUGUCAUGGAGAAAAGAUUUAAGCAACUGAAUUUCAUUUAAACU